AUGGUAGAGGACGUCGUCGUAGCAGCAGUAGCAGCAGCGGCGGCAGCAGUGGUAGCAACAAAUGGCGAGGACCAGAACUCGAAAGGCCACAAGAGUCGUACCGAUACUCCACUCAAGCAACACUUAUUCCAGCAAACGUUGACCUUGUUCAUAACCACGAAAGCAGCAUUGGCAGCCACAAAAAGCCCACUCCAUUACCAUCAUGUCAGGAAGAUCCAGUGCUCGCAGGACAAAUACCCUGCUGAGCUGGACGCAAGCGUGCUGCUGCGACUGCCGUGCAGAACUUCCACCGACGAUCGGUACUUCCCCGACCCAUGGCAGGCGUUGCCGCGGAGGGGCUACACCCGGAUCUUUGAGAAUAUGUUGCUCAGGGAUCCGAACAUCAGCAUCCGGCUGAACUGCGACUUCUUUCAGCUGAAGGAGGCCGGCAGAUUGCCGAAGCACAAGCUGCUCGUGUACACAGGUCAGAUUGAUAGUUACUACGCAGCGCUGGGAAUGCCAAAGCUGGAAUAUCGAUCCCUGCGCUUCGAGGAGGAGUUCGUCCCUGAGCCGGACGGUGGCUUUUUCCAAGAGGCAAUGGUCGUCAACCACCCCUCGCCGGACGUGCCCUUCACACGAAUUGUAGAGUACAAACACGUCCCGAACCAGCCGCAGGAGGUAAAAGACGGCAAGGUCAAAGGGACUCUCAUCGCCAGAGAAUACUCCUCAGCAGAAGGGGAGCCGUACUACCCGGUGCCAAACCCUGCCAACAGGGCGCUCUAUGAAAAAUAUGCAGACCUCGCGGCGCGCGAGGAGGGGGUGGCAUUUGUGGGACGGCUGGCGUCGUACAAGUACUUCAACAUGGACCAGGCCAUUCUGAAUGCGCUGGAAAUGUUUGACAACCUCAAGGAGACCGGCAAGUUGGAGCCCAAGCGGAAACCUGAAGAUUUCGGUCCAGGUGACGGCCCGAAGUAG